UUGAAAAUAUUGCAGUUUCCCCCAACAUUGUCGGGCACUGGUUAUAUUUAGGCAUAAUGUUGGGUCCAUUGGGGCGGUUUCUAAAGUUUCCAUUUUUCGUGCGCUUACUGCUGGUGCUUUUGGUCUUACAACUUACAUUCUACUUUUCGACUCGAAAAUAUGCUUUGAAAACAAGGAUGAAGUCAGUGGCCCAAACCCAAACUCACAUAUUGAAUAAAACAAUGGUCAUUCCUGCCCUUGCCAGCGAAGGGUCCUGGCAAACAGUCGUUCCAGAAAAUUCGCAGCACAAAUAUUUAGUUUUUUCUGCGUUUUUGGAUGUAAGAAAUGGAAGGUCUAUUCGAAUAAUAGCGGUGACUAAAACCAGCACUAGAAAAAAAGGACUGGUGAAACCCUGGUGCAAAUUGUGGUAUGAAACUCCAGAAAGUGGGCUAAAUUCGAAGCUAGUGGAAGGCGAACUUAAGAUAAUCCAAGAACACUGGCAACUACCAUACAGUCCAUACUACGUCACUUGCCCUUUAUCAGAAAAUGAGUCAAUUCCAUUGAUGGUAAGCUUGCUCAAUGACCCCGCGGAAGAGCCCUUGAAUAUGCUAAAGGUGAUUUCAAAUUAUCCCGAAGGAAAAAAAUGGGACGCUAACGAGUUAGAGCCGGAUGUAAAGAAGAUGGCUGUCUGCGUUAAGCCUCUUCACUACGACUACAACAAGGAGCUCGAGUUUCUAGAGUUUAUAGAACUGCAUCGCAUAAUGGGCGCCGAUCACUUCAUUCUAUACAAUCACACUGUGGGUCCUCAAGUCAACUGUUUAUUGAAAAAGUAUCAACAGCAAGGCAUUGUAACAGUUCUGCCUUGGGAGCUCCCAAUACAAUCACAAAAGGACAUUAGGACUGAGGGAAUUUUCGCUUCGCUCAACGACUGUUUGUUCCGAACGAUGUACAAAUUCUCGCACGUAAUUUUCUUGGAUUUUGAUGAAUUCAUCAUUCCAACCAACCACUACAACUACAGGGAGCUUUUUCGGUACCUGCAUGAAAAGUACAACAACAAAAAGACCAGUUGGUUCUCCUUUAAAAACGCGUUUUUCUAUCGCCAAUGGCCAGACGAUCCAGCCGUCCAAGAGUUUGAGGAUCCGCUUGAAAAACAACUGCUAGCUCUCAGGAAAACUACCAGAAUGGUCAAGCUGCAUGCACAUGGAACCCGAUCGAAACUGAUUGUAAGGCCCGACUUGGUGGAUAUGGUGGGAAACCAUAUCAUAUGGGCUUAUUAUAAUCAUAAAGUUUUUCGCAAAAUGGACGUUGCGCCUGAAGAUGCUAUUUUGCAUCAUUACAGGAUUUGCGAAUUUGGUGGCAAUGACUGUGUAAAACAUCCAUCCACUGUGGAUAGAAGUGCAUACCGAUACAGAGACGCACUUUUAAAGGCGGUGAAAACUCGACAUGAGGAUCAUUUCGAUGAAUGCCAGUUAUCGAAAAUUGAAGGCAGCAAAUAUCCAAGCUAGAAGCUGGAAGUUUGACUAGAUUAAUAGUCUUUUAUAGGGUUUUUAUUAAACCCAUCUGGGUUUCAAAGGAAGAAUUUCAUUAUUUUUAGUUGCCUCUUGUAAAUAAUUCAGCUAGCAACUUCAAAACUUUGGUCACCAGAUUAAGUAUGGAAAGAAUCUUUUGCAGUUGUUUUAUUUAUAGUUGUAAUUUAAUCAUAAAUUAUAUUUUUUAUAUUGUUUAGGAGAUUGCUUGAAUGCGAAUAAAAUAUGUUGACU